UCAGUUGGGAGGGCCCCAUGCUACUGAGCGGAGCUCCUCCUACGGGCUCCGGCCCCGGGCCGAGGGCGCAGGGCAGCGCGGGGGGCGGCCCCGGAGGAUCCCGCCGCGGGGCUGGGGGUGCGGGGACAGGCCCGGGAGGGGGCAGCAGCGGCGGAGUCGCAAAGUGGCUGCGGGAGCACCUGGGCUUUCGCGGGGGCGGCGGCGGAGGGGGCGCCAAACCCGCCCCCCCAGAGCCCGACUACCGCCCCCCAGCGCCCGGCCCGGCCGCGCCCCCUGCGCCGCCCCCGGACAUCCUGGCCGCCUACCGGCUGCAGCGAGACCGCGACUUCGAGGACCCCUACUCCGGGGGCUCGUCCGCGUCCGCCGCCCUUUCCACCCCUGCGGUCCCUGGCCCCACUCCACCCCCGCGCCACGGCUCACCCCCGCACCGCCUCAUUCGGGUCGAGACCCCCGGACCCCCAGCGCCCCCUCCGGACUCCGGACCCCCUGCCAGCAGCGACAGGUUGGCGAUCCUAGAGGACUAUGCAGACCCAUUUGAUGUUCAGGAGACUGCUGAAGGCUCAGCAGGAACUUCAGGAGCUCCAGAGAAGGCCCCUGAGAAUGAUGGCUACAUGGAGCCCUAUGAGGCCCAAAAGAUGAUGGCUGAGAUCCGGGGUUCUAAGGAGACGGCAGCUCAGCCCCUACCUCUCUAUGACACACCUUAUGAGCCAGAAGAUGAAGCCAGCCCAGAAGGUGAGGGGACUCCCUGGCCCAGGGAGUCCCGCCUGCCAGAGGAUGAUGAGAGGCCUCCGGAAGAGUAUGACCAGCCGUGGGAAUGGAAGAAGGAACGGAUUUCCAAGGCCUUCGCUGUUGACAUAAAGGUCAUCAAAGACCUACCUUGGCCUCCGCCUGUGGGACAGCUGGACAGCAGCCCCUCCCUGCCUGACGGGGACAGGGACAUCUCCGGUCCAGCUUCACCCCUCCCUGAGCCCAGCCUGGAGGACAGCAGCGCCCAGUUUGAAGGAUCGGAGAAGAACUGCCUGUCACCUGGCCGGGAGGAGAAGGGGCGGCUACCUCUCAGGCUAUCUGCUGGGAACCCCAAGUCAGCCAAAUCCCUAGGCAUGGAACCCAGCAGCCCCCUGGGGGAGUGGACAGACCCAGCACUGCCUCUGGAAAACCAGGUCUGGUACCACGGGGCCAUCAGCCGAACAGAUGCCGAGAACCUGCUCAGGCUGUGCAAAGAGGCCAGCUACCUGGUGCGAAACAGUGAGACCAGCAAGAACGACUUCUCUCUCUCCCUCAAGAGCAGUCAAGGCUUCAUGCACAUGAAGCUGUCCCGGACCAAGGAACACAAGUAUGUGUUGGGCCAGAACAGCCCACCCUUCAGCAGCGUCCCUGAAAUCGUGCACCACUAUGCCAGCCGCAAGCUGCCCAUUAAGGGAGCAGAACACAUGUCCCUGCUCUACCCUGUGGCCAUCCGGACUCUGUAGAUGUGAGAUCAGGGCACUUUGAUAGACCUGGACCCAGCCCUUGUCACCUGCUCGGUUCUUUCCAAGGACAUGAUGUCAGAAACCUGGCUUCCCCCUGUCCUAGGAUCUAGUAGGCGCUGAAGAUUCCUUAAUUUAUUAUAAAGGGGAGGGAAUCCUGGGCCUUGGAAUAAAGGGACUGUGUGGAGCUGGGCAGAGGAAAGUCUGAGGAGGAAGGGGUCUCCCCAUCCGAUCAGAUCCUAGGGAGGAAGUGGCCACCUCCCGCACCACCCACCCUCCGCCCUCCCCUCGGCCUGUCCCCCAGCCCCAGGCCCCAGAGGGCCCGCUCGGGCUCCUGGCCAGAGGCUCGCCAGGCAGAACCGAGUCCCCCAGGGCCGCCCAGGGGCCAGGGAGGGGGCGGGGAGCGGGAGAGUGAGCCAGACUAUAAAUCGACGCUGGAGCCGACGCCAGCCGGCCGCCAGCAAAAAGCA